CUGUGGUGCCAACGGCUUAUCCGUAUAUGGUUUAGCCCGCGUUUUGCUGCUCGCCACGAUUUUUAAAGCCAUCCACCCUCCGUGCCAUCCUCACUCGUUCACUCCUGUUCUCGACAGCUAGCAGCUUGUUCUCUCUCGUGCAGGACCUCACAACUCACGACCAGUCACCAUGUGCGACGACGAAGUAGCCGCCCUCGUUGUUGACAACGGAUCCGGUAUGUGCAAGGCCGGAUUCGCCGGAGAUGACGCUCCCAGAGCUGUCUUCCCCUCCAUCGUCGGCAGACCCAGACAUCAAGGUGUCAUGGUCGGCAUGGGUCAAAAGGACAGCUACGUAGGAGAUGAAGCCCAGAGCAAGAGAGGUAUCCUCACCCUGAAAUACCCCAUCGAACACGGUAUCAUCACCAACUGGGAUGAUAUGGAAAAGAUCUGGCAUCACACCUUCUACAAUGAGCUCCGAGUCGCCCCUGAAGAACACCCCGUUUUGCUCACAGAGGCUCCCCUCAACCCCAAAGCCAACAGGGAAAAGAUGACUCAAAUCAUGUUUGAAACCUUCAACACACCCGCCAUGUAUGUUGCCAUCCAGGCUGUGCUGUCCCUCUAUGCUUCCGGUAGGACAACUGGUAUUGUGCUCGACUCCGGCGAUGGUGUCUCCCACACCGUCCCCAUCUAUGAAGGUUAUGCUCUUCCUCACGCUAUCUUGCGUCUGGACUUAGCCGGUAGGGACCUCACAGACUACCUCAUGAAGAUCCUCACCGAACGUGGUUAUUCUUUCGUCACCACAGCUGAGAGGGAAAUCGUCCGCGACAUCAAGGAGAAGCUGUGCUACGUCGCCCUGGACUUCGAGCAGGAGAUGGCCACCGCCGCCUCCACCUCUUCCCUCGAGAAGUCCUACGAGUUGCCCGACGGUCAGGUCAUCACCAUCGGCAACGAGAGGUUCCGCUGCCCAGAGGCCCUCUUCCAGCCUUCCUUCUUGGGAAUGGAGUCCUGCGGCAUCCACGAGACCACCUUCAAUUCCAUCAUGAAGUGCGACAUUGAUAUCCGUAAGGAUCUCUAUGCCAACACUGUGCUCUCUGGUGGUACCACCAUGUACCCAGGUAUUGCUGACAGAAUGCAGAAGGAAAUCACCUCCUUGGCACCCAGCACCAUGAAGAUCAAGAUCAUCGCUCCCCCUGAGAGGAAGUACUCCGUAUGGAUCGGUGGAUCCAUCUUGGCCUCCCUGUCCACCUUCCAGCAGAUGUGGAUCUCCAAACAAGAGUACGACGAGUCUGGUCCAUCCAUUGUCCACCGCAAGUGCUUCUAAACGAACUGACGAGAGUUAGUGACCACCAGCCACUACUGGAACAAAAAUAACUUAUUCAAAAAAGUGCUAUAUGUUUCCUGCUGUCUUUGACGAGAACACUGUCCUUUGAUGGCUGUAAAAUAAAGUUUAACUGUGUUAAGAA